AGCAGUGCCUGGGCAGAUAAAGCCUGAGUGAGGUUUGGAGAAAACACGACUGUAUCGACAUGGACGCCCGGGCAUGGAUUUGGACUUGUCUGAUUCUUCCUGUUUGUUUACCAGUCAUUCAUGGAACUCCAAUUGGUACUUCAACCAUUUCCUGCAAUGCGGUUGGCAACACCAUACAGUGGGGUCCAGUUGACGAGGGGUACCAAGGGGAUGUGGAGGUGGUCAAUGGGAUUGAGGCAGGACGCAGUGUGCAGCUGGUGCCUUAUCUAUUUCCCGACCACAUUGAAUUUCUGGAGAUGAGCUUCACACCUGGGGACACCAGUGCGACAGUUCGCACCAAGAUGCCCCUGGAUGCAGAUGUCUUAGCAUCUACGGAUAGCACCUUGUACUAUUCUAUUAUGUGUGAUGGUACUUCCCAGUUCCAACACAUGCGCACAUUGAAACUCAAUGAUAUCAAUGACAACGGACCCCUUUUUACAGAAAAGCUCUACUCAGCAAAUGUCUCUGAGAUUACAGAGGUGGAUUCUCCCGUUCUUCAGAUUAAAGCAGUGGAUGCAGACAGCACUCCAGAAAACAACCAAGUGACAUAUACCUUUGUUCCAGCCACAGAAGACUUUCUUUUGACCAACACAGGGGUUUUUAUUUUGAAGAAACGUUUGGACUACAAUAUUGUUAAUAAAUACAAUUUUGAGGUGACUGCACGGGACAACAGUGGGCUGAAUGACACCACCUCUGUGGUGAUUUGGAUUGAGGACUUUGAUAACUUAAAUCCCGCUUUCAGCCACAGCUUGUACCGGGCCUUUGUACCAGAAAAUCAGGUUGGAUUUUUCCACUCCAUUCAACCUGAGGUAAUAAAAGCCCAGGAUGGAGACACUGGAAUCAAUGUCUCAGUGAUUUAUAGCAUCAGUGUUGUGUUUCCUGAGAGGUAUGAAAGAAACUUUAAUAUAAACCAGAACAGUGGAGUUCUGUCUCUGAUCACUGCAAUUGACAGAGAGGAGAUGAACGGCAGCGCUAUCUCUAUCAACAUCAAGGCGGCCCAAACCGAUAACAAUCUGAAAACGGCUGAUGCUGUGGUCUCUGUCACGGUUGAAGAUGUGAAUGACAACGCUCCAGAGUUUGAUCAGACCGAUUACGUUGUAACUCUCCUGGAAAAUUCGCUUGUCGAUGCUUUUCUUUUGAAAGCCACCGUCACUGAUUUGGACCAGGGAGGAUUUGUGGGAACUCUCAAGAUUCUUCCAGAUUCUGCCCCUUUUUCUAUUAGUCCUGAUGGGACAGUCAGAGUGAAAAACUCCACAACUCUGGACAGAGAAGCCACGGAAAGGAUUGUGUUUCAGAUUGAAGCCAGCGAGAGAGAUCACCCCAACCGUAAUGUGUCAGCACAAGUCAGCGUGACCCUGUUAGAUGAGAAUGACAACAGUCCCGUCUUCACCAGUGACACGUACGACGGAAAGGUGUUCGCAAAUCAGACGGUGGGGAUGUUGCUGAUUCAGGUUAAGGCAGAAGAUCCAGAUGCUGAUCUAAACGGAGCCAUCAAAUACUCAAUUGACUUUGGGAAUGGUGACGAGUACUUCUCAAUCGAUGAAGACACUGGAGAUAUCACUCUUGCUAAAACCAUUCCACUGGUGGAAGAUACGUCUUUGGAGUUCCCUCUUUACAUAACAGCCAGAGAUGGGGGAAUCGUAUCCCGUUCCUCUUCAGCGCAGGUGACCAUUCGUGCUCCUGGUAACUCAAAACCUCAGUUUUUACAAAAGGUCUACCAGGGCACUGUUGAGGAGGAGCAGGACCCAGGAGUUUUCAUUACUAAGGUUAACUUUCUUGCACUUGGUGAGAUUGCUCCAAACCUCCAAGUUCAAACAGAAUCGGACAAGUUCUCCAUUUCCCCCACUGGUGAAUUUACCACCAGGGUGAAGCUCGACUAUGACGAGGCUCCACAUAACUACUCCGUGGAAAUCUCCAUCUCUGAUGGGACUACCAGCGACAGUGCAGUGGUUGAGGUUCAUGUCACUGAUAUCAACGACAACGCUCCAGUUUUUGCCAAUACAACCGUCCACGCAUCUAUCCCAGAGAACACGGCAGUAGGGGCCAAUGUUACCACCGUCUCAGCGACAGACAAAGACAGCAACUUCAACAAGGAAAUCAGAUACUCGCUCAAAGGAGGAGCGGGGGCGUUCGCCAUUGAUCGUGUUUCUGGGAUUGUAAGUGUAGCCGGCCCACUCGACAGGGAGACCACAGCCAAUUACAGCCUGGAAGUGCUGGCUGAAGAUCUAGGUCGUCCAGCAAGGUCCGCCACGUCCACCCUGCUGGUCCAAAUAUCUGACAUCAAUGACAACGUUCCGAAGUUCUUACAGGCCGACUAUCAGGUUGAAGUGUUGGAAACCGAAAAAGUUCUCACAAGCUUGUUAACUUUAGAAGCCGUAGACCCUGACGAGGGAGCAAAUGGAAGGGUCACCUACAGUAUCGCCCGGCAAACUCCCCCGUCCGAGCGCCCCGUCUUCGAGCUGGACGCUUCCAACGGAACCCUGCGGCUGGCAGAGUCUCUAAACAACAGCGAGGUCCAGGUGUACACUUUGACAGUCCAGGCCUCUGACGGAGGGGUUCCUGCUUUGGUCGGGAAUAGCUCCGUGUCGGUCAAGGUGAAGGACGUGAACAACAACCCGCCAGAAUUCAGUCGGGACAGAUACGACGUCGCCGUCUCCGAGAACCUGGCCGCCGGGGCGUCCAUCCUGACCCUGGAAGUCACAGACAGGGAUGAGGGUGGAUUUACCAAAGGUCACUUCCUCUAUGCCAAUGAUACUUUUGACAUAAACAUGCAAGGCGUUGUCUCCUUAAGGAGAGAUGUUUCCUUAGACAGAGAGACAAAAGACAGCUACAUAUUGCAGGUUGUUGCAGUGGAUCAGCCCACUGACGGGCUGAGAGGAACAGCUCAGCUCAACAUUACAGUUCUGGACUACAAUGACAAUACUCCGCAGUUCCCGAGCAUCCCUGACCCCUUGCAGAUCUCCGAGGGUGAUUAUUCAAUGGAGAAACCUGGAGAGAUUUUCGCCAUCGUGCCUACUGACGCAGACAUUGGCCUCAAUGGAGAGGUCAAUGUCUCCCUUGCAAGCCCACACCCUCUCUUCACAUUCGGACAGAACGGGAUGUUGAUGGCCAUUGGUCGUUUGGAUCGGGAGAGCAGGGAAACUUACGACCUAGUUGUUAAGGCUUCAGACAACGGAAUCCCAAAACGAGAGAAUAUUACCACCAUCCAAGUGAGCCUGGAUGACAUCAAUGACAACCCGCCUGAGUUCAGCUCCAGCAGCUAUGUCAGCAGUAUCCUGAUAAAGGAUGCCGAGGAGGGGAAGCUGAUAUUGACGCUGUCCGCCACUGACCAAGACAUCGGGGACAAUUCACGCAUCACCUACAGUUUCAUCGCUGGAAACUCUCCAUUGCUAGCCUUAAACAAUGAGACCGGAGCUGUGACUUUGACCUCUAACCUCACUGAUGUAAUGGAAGAUACCUCACUGGCGCUGACCGCCAUGGCCAGAGACCAUGGUCGUCCUCCUCUCAACUCCACGGCUCGUGUGGUGAUAAACCUGAGGGUUGCCAGUUUGGUGGAGGUUGUGGCCUUCCAAAGCUCCUCUUACAACUUCAGCGUGUCGGAGAAUCUGCCGGCAGGGGUGACCGUGGGGCGGGUCUUGGCCUCUUCGGGGAGCGACCUUUACGACGUAGCCUACGAACUGAGAACGCACACCGACCUGUUCUCGGUUGACAGCGACGGUGUCAUCCUGACCACAGAAGAGCUGGACAGAGAACAGCAGGAGUGGCUCAUCCUGGAUGUGGAGGCCAGAGACACACGGACACCUCCUACAUCCGCCAUAGCAACAGUCAGAGUUCAUGUGGAAAAUGUGAAUGAGUCUCCACUAUUCCCCGAUGAGCUUUAUGAAGCCUCUGUGUACAGCAUCGCCCCAUAUAAAACCCCCGUAAUCCAGGUCAAGGCUUUGGAUCCAGAUUUUGGCGAUGUGAACCAGCUGAUCUACAGUCUGUCAGACAGUAGUCCGUCUUUCGAUGUGGAACCAGACUCGGGUCUUGUUUAUGUGGUCUCCGCACUGGACGUAGCUGGAGAAACAACUGAACUGAAGGUGAAGGCCACGGACCCUCAUGGACUUUUUGCUGAGGCCACAGUGGAGGUGACGGUCCAGGGAAGCGCGAGCAGCGACGACGUUGUGACCAUCUCCUUAAACCAGCCCGCCAACACCGUGGAAAAGAAGGUUUCAGAGCUGGAGGGGUCUUUAAGUAAAGUCCUGGCCUGGACCGUGAACGUCCUCCAGGUGUCCAGCGCUAACGGAGGGACCUCAUACUCGAGGGAAUCUGCGAGGUCAUUGGUCAGCUUUGUUGCUUUGGAUGGAAGUGAAGUUGUCUCUUCUGAGGAAGUCACAGAGAAACUGCAGAGCCAAUCAGCUGCCGUCAUGGCAGAGCUGGCCCUUGUGUUCGGGGAGGAGCUUCAUUUCGAUAUAGAGCAAAGACCUCAAAGUUCUUCCUCAAAUCAAGUUGCGGUCAUCGUUUUGGGGGUCUUUCUGGCCUUGACCGUCUUCGGAUUGAUUGCAGCGGUGAUACUGAUCAUCAAGUUCAAGAAGGAGAAGGAGAAGCCUCAGGCCUCGGACAAAGAGAGCUUUGACAUUUCCCGUGACAUAGGUUUUACGAACACAAUGUUUUUAGGCGGGAAUUCCAAAAUCUCCGAGCAGGCAAAGACGAGCCCAGAAGAGAGCAGAGCUGAAGGCAGGAUGCAGAAGAUGGACAUAGAGAAAGCACAGUGGGACAAACGGACGGAUGAGGAGCACACAGCAAAGACAGACAAACCCAAACAGGACAAAGAGAGUGCCGCUGAGGAUAACCAAACGUCCUCUCUCUGAUCUGCGUUCUGCUCAACUGUAAACUGAAAACAAGCAGAAUAACGGUUCAUUUUCCUGAUGACAUACGAAAUAUGUUAAAACGAGCGACUAACGGAACUGCAAACAGUGUUUUUCCAGAAAUAUCUGAAAGUAUCUUCUGUGUUGCAAAUCAGUAUGUUUCAAAUGUGCAGCAUUUUCAGUUCCUAAAGGUAAUCAGGUUUUAGCCUAUAUAAAACAUCUAAGUAAGAUGAAUUAAUUUCAUAAUUAUAUCCUUCAAAGCACAAAAACGUCAUGAAAGAGAGAACCAAAACAAUACUGUCAACUGACAUAGACCUGCCACUUUUCAAUUCAAUUCAAAUGUAUAUAUAUGGUGUCAAAUCACAAAUACGCAGUUUAAUUCAAGACUCUACUUCUUACAUACGGGACUAUAAAAGAUUUUUUUUAAACCCAUGCUGUAUAAAGAUUAAGUAGGAAUGUUAACAGCUCUAUUCACAUGCCUACUAAUAAAACAUUAUUUUAUUAACAUUAGUUGAAAAUAUGUCUGACCCAUGUCUUUUUUUAAGGACAUCCAAAGGCCUGAUACUGCUUUGAAGAACCCAAAGUUGUGAAGAGAUGCAGAACUUCACAACUUUGGGAUUGGGCACGAAACCUUUGCUUCAUGAUACCUUGUAAUAUACAGCCAACAAAAAUACAAUGGACAUUUACCAUAUUGGGUAAAUAAAUAAAAAAAACGACUGGUAUCAUUUCAAAUAAACCUUCAAAAACAUAUGGAAACUUAGCUUCACUAUAGGUAAGACUUACCAUUGGUAAAUUGUUGAUCCUCCGGUUCUUUUGUAUUGUUUUGUGUAGAACUAAAUUAACUACAUUUGAACUUUCUGAAUUGUGGGUUUAAACUCCCCGAGUACAAUCCUCAUGUUCUCACCCUCCACUUUGUGAAGGCUGUAAAUUACAGGGGACUGAGGCUGUGGUGAGUCCUUUGAUAAAAGUAAAGCAAAAAUGUUCAUAUUGCCCAACUUAAUUAGAAUAAUUAAGCUGUGUCAUGGCAUAAAUUAAACAUUAAUGUUCAACAGAGGCAUCCAUGUUAUGUUAGAAUUCAGAAACUAAAAUUAUAACUUUAAAUUAUAACACUUCAGUUCUGUAUCUAUGUUGAAAAUAAGGGUUUUCAAGUGUUUUUUUAUAUCAAGUUCAAGAGUCACCAUAUGUCACCACUUUAAAUUAAAAGUUACCUUCUAACUACUGACAAGUGUCAUACCAGCACAUGGAAAACCUACUGAAAUGUUUUAAGUAAAGUUAAAAAAAAGUAUGAGUUAGUGAAUAAACAAGUAAUUUUCAACUUGACAUUGAUGUCUAACCGACUUAUAUAUAUAUAUAUCUUAUAUUUUAUAUUGUAAAAGAGCCAAAGUCAGGUUUGUUGGUUUAUUAAGUUCAGUUAAUUGAGGUUUGUAAAUAAAAGGAGUGUGAUUGGAAUAGAAUGAGUUAUGUUUAAAUGUAUAAUAUUAAUACAUAUUAAUAUCUAUUGAUGUGACAAUAAGGCUUUUUUUUUUAGAGUUCACUGAAGUGUAGAACAUAAGCUUGUGAUUGGCUUGAAUUUGCCUGUGUCUCUGAGGAGAUAGGAUAAAUGGUGAUUUGGUAGUUAUAUAAAAAAAACUGAACUAAAUUGAGUUGAGCUUAGGAAACCCGGACAGUCUUUAUGAAAAUCAGGAAUCUGUUCAGUCUUUCAUUAAUGAGAUCCAAAUUUGUUCAUCCUUCCUCAUAUCGUCUAUGGUUACAUAUGUAAUUACGUUUUUCCAACCUUUGUAGUAGAGAAGAUCCAGAGUACAUAAUACAUUUAUGCAUUUAGGAGACCAUUUUUUCCAAAACGAUUAACAAUCUAGAUACGUUACAGUUAAAAGCAAAGCUAAAGCUAAAAAGAAGCUGCAUAGAGGGAAAUCAAUAGUCAAACUGGGUCAAACUGGGCAGGAAAGUGUGGAGAUAGAUAGACAGGCUACAAGUGUUAAGGGAGGAGAUAUCCUGAAGACCUGGGUCUUAAAGAGUUUCUUGAAGAUAGGCAGUAAUAUUGCAAUAACUCCCCUGUUCUUUUGAGUAGUGGCAUUUUAAAGAUAUUACUGUAACAACUUGUUAGCCGUCAGCUAACCGUCAGCAGUGCUAGAAACAUUAACUUUUCCUAAAUCUCCUUCUCACAAAUAAGAAACAUUUCAGCUUUAUUAAAUGAAGGAAAGCGUAGCAUAGAUAAAAACAUACUCUGUGAUUACAUUUGGAGUUAAGAAAAAAACUAUUUAAAAGUAGGAUAAAUAGGCUUCAACAAGCAAAGAUUAUAAAUUGGGUUUGUUUGAAGUGUCUGUGACUACAGUCCUGUUUAUAGACCGCUAGAUAAUGUCUCCCUCUGUAAAUGUAAAUAGCUUCAACUAGACAGUGUUCUUCAGCUUAAAUACAUAAUAUACAUAAAUAUACAGUAUAUGUAUAUAUUUGCAUAAAUAUACCCAUUCCAAGAUAUAAAAAUGACUUCAUUGUGAUAGGAAUUUACAUCUUUGACACCUGAAUAAGUCAUGUAAAUAUCAUCACUGUUGCAAUCUAUUACCUUUUUUUACAAAGAAAACCAUGAAAAGUUUGAUCGAGCGUUUAAACAGGAUUUCUUUUUAUACUUUUCUACUCUUUUCCGAUGUCUCCAUGUUUAAAACAACUAAGCAAUUUAUUUUUCCUAGCUUAGAGGCAGACUGUUAACUCUUUAUAAAUAGUUUAAAAGAUUUUACUUUUAUUAAAUGGUCAUUCAAAUCAAGUUAAAUUUACUAAACUCAUAUCCAAUAUAAUUAUGUUGUGUUAAAUGUCCUUUUUGGAGAAAUUUAGCUGUGAUGGUCACAUUUAAAACGCAUUUAAUGGUGGGGAGAUCUAUUGUUGUCGAGCCCAAGUAGCUAUUUGAACGCUCUGAGAACAGGAUUGGAUCGGUGCACAUUUUCUGAUCGGUUUACCAUCCAGUGCAUCCUCGGAGCGGCUGAACACACCUAAUAGAACUGAACAAACCAUGACUUUCAGUAAAUAAUUCUUCAUAUUAAAACUGUUUUAUUAAUUUAUUCUCUAUUAAAAUAAAAUCAGACAAUAAGAACACAGCAGAAGCAGCAAAAAUAAACAGCAGAUUAUGGAAUGUACUUUAGUAAAGAAAAUAAAAGCUCCAGCUGGUCCAACGUGUGGGCUUUAUUUCAACUACAGUCCAAUAAAGCACCGCUAACACACACACGCAUAUACAUACAUACAUACACAUAUAUAUGUAUAUACCUAUAUAUAUAUGUAUAUAU